AUGGCUAUGGUAGCAAAACAAGGUUGGAAUAUUUUGGCGAAACCCACUUCCCUCGUUGCAAGAAUUUUCAAAGCUAGGUAUUUUCCAAGGUCAUCUUUUCUUGAUUCAAAAGUUGGUAACAAUCCGAGCUAUGUGUGGAGGAGUUUGUGGAGAGCUAAGGACGUGCUUAAGCUCGGAAGUAGGUGGAGCAUAGGUGAAGGUCGUAACAUUACGGUUAUGAAUGAUCCAUGGCUUCGUGAGAAAGAAAGUUGGUGGACAUGUGGUCCACAAUUACAAGGUGUGUAUAAUCUGUGUGUUAAAGAUCUUCUUCUUCCUAAUGUUAAACAAUGGGAUGUGGGUAAGGUAAAUUUGCUUUUCGAUCAUGUGGUGGCUGAAGCUAUUCUUAGAGUUCCCCUAGUGGAGGAGGUUGUGGAGGAUAGGUUGGUGUGCCAAGAGGAAAGGAAUGGUGAGUAUAGUGUGAAACCGGGUUAUAGACUUUGGAGAGGGAUGCAAAGUAGUAAUAAUUGUAAUGAUAGGGAGGGUAACUGGAAGAAUGUCUGGAACAUCUUAGCGCCUUCUAGAGAUAAGCAUUUGUUAUGGCGUAUUUGUCGGGGCUGCCUUCCAACCCGUACUAAUUUGCAACAACAUCAUGUUCAGUGUUCGUCUCUUUGCCCGUGGUGUGAUAUUGAAGAAGAAGAUGAGUGGCAUGUCUUUUUUGGUUGCAUUUCAACUUUCCAAAGUUGGCGGGCAGCAGGUUUGUUAGCUCUUAUAGACUCUUGUAUUCAUUCUUUUCAUGAUGCUAAGUCUCUUAUAUUUGAUGUGUGUAGUCGAGAGGAUCGUCGGGAUGCCGGGAGAUUUGCUAUGGUACUUGAAUCCCUUUGGAGGAGUAGGAAUAAUGUGGUUUGGCAAGAUGAUCGAGAAGAUGCUAUAAGAAUUGGUUUACAAGCCUAUCACAAUUGGUAUGAUUGGUUCCUAGCUAGAAAGGACCAUAAUGGGUGUACUACUAAUAAUUUUCCGCUUACUUAG